UAGGUGCAGGCCGCAAUCGCUGAGUUAUGGCGACCGAAGCGAAUGGAAAGGAGAGAAUGUGCUUCAUAUGCGACCGAAAACCUCGGGUACCCGGCGACGUGGCGUGCCGUUCGUGCCUCCAGGAGCACCGGAAGUGCUACGAGUGCGGGGAGAACGACAGAAACUUUCCGUUCAAGCUGUGCUCCUCCUGCUACGCCGCACACACAGCACAAGCGUCUGGUCGCGGUAUAGUCGCCGUUCCGGCCGUACAGCCACCGCUUAGAUCAGGAGCCGGUCUAAUUCGUAUAAAUGGAGACCAACAGACAUACAAGGAAGUGAGUGAACACUUUGUAAAGGAGUGGGUAAAGAUGACGACUGAGUUCCCAAACCCUCCCCAGCCAGAGGCCAUCUUUGCCGUCCAGAACACAAAACUAGUAGAAGCUUUCCACCACUACGGGGCGAAGCUGCGCAAAGAAUCGUCCGCUGAGUCGGCAAACUCGGAUCUGUUUUUCCACGGAACUGCUCUCAAAUGCGAUUUGAAGAACACAAACGAAUACUGCUUCGACAGAGACUGUGGCAUAUGUGGAAUAUCUCAGAACGGUUUCGACGCAUCGAGAAUCGGAGAAAACAUACCUCGGUUCAAACGCUUUGGUCAUGGUAUCUACCUGGCCCCUAACUCUUCAAAGUGCCAUGAUUACACCCAGGGGGUUCCGGAGUAUGGGACGAGAGCUCAGCUGCUGUGUCUAGUGGCUUGUGGAGCUCAGUAUGAACUGCUGCACGACAGCACUUCCCUUCAACAGCCGCCCUCCCAGUACCACUCAGUGUAUGGGAAGUCUGGGGGAAGUCUAAACUACGAUGAGAUUGUAGUAUAUGAUGUAGGGGCAGUCCUGCCGCAGUAUGUUGUACUCUACAAACACAAUGGUGUCCAUAAGAUAGCUUCAUAGCUUUUAUUGUAUCUCAUCAUUUUAGUCAUGGAACAAGGUUCAUAGUAUCCCAGUAUGUUGCACUAGUCUUCACUA